CAUCAUCCAUCACCAUGGCGCGGUGGGGUCGCUGUUCGCACCGUGAAAACUGCGCUGCUGCCAAAGAUACAAAUCCCUACCCGUCAUGGCCUGCUCCGUCAGACUGCUCCAGGCGCGAGGACGACUGGGACGACUGGGUCAACGUGCCCCCCGCCGGACUAAGCCGCGCGACGCGAAAACGCUCGACUUCUACCUCGACUGGGCGCGGCGCGGGCCGUCGGCGGCAGCAGCGGCGGCAGCAGCAGUAGCGGUGCGCUCGUCCGCAUCGCUACCACAGCAUCAACUGCUCCUGCAGCAGCAGCUACGCCGCCGUCCGAGCGAGCAGAUGCUCCGGCGGCUGCGGGCGCUAGCCUCGGAGCUGGAGGCGCAGGAGAAGUACGACUACGCGGGGGCGAUGCGGAAGGUGUUCAGGCCGGGCGCGGCCGACCACCAGCUCGUGCUCGACCCGCUCACCGGCCGCCUGUGGAUCGAGCCGCGGAUGCUGGAGGACGCGCGGCGCGCGUGGGACGUGUGCGUGCGCAACGUCGCGGUGACGAGCGCGCGGGGGUGCCGGGGCGCGCUGGCGGUUUUGGAGAGGGGGGAGGGGAUGGGGAAGGGCGUCGCAGCUAUGGAUAGACAUAGUCCGGACGAUGUCGAUUAAAGCCCCUCUUCCCCUCCCCCUUUUUCUUUUUUCUUUUGUUCCCUUUUUACUUGGAUAUAUAUAAGUUCGUGGCUUGGGCGGGUCGGGCGGGAACGCCACGAACGGGUAUGGCAGAAAAGGAGAAAACAUAAAAAAAGACCGUGAUAUGAGGGUGUCUUUUCAUUUCACCGUCUCACCAUCGUGUGUCAACAAGAAAAAGAAAAAAGGAAAAUCAAAAAGGACGAGAAGGGAGAAACGAAAACAAGAGUAAUUGCCUACCUACCUACAAAAAGGGAGGAUUGUGUUUCCUGGGAUUAGGACGCUCCUUACUGCCCGGCUGGCAUUCGUAGACUGGUAAUUGGGGCAUCCCCAAUUACCAUGGCCUAGAGUGCUGGGCAGCGAGCAGAGCGUUCCCUUUAUACCGGGAUCGACGCAUGGGGAUAUAUAUAUCUACCUAAGGUAUAUAUACCCCUACGCCGAGGAUGCUUUGGCGAUGGGGGAAUAUGGGAUAAGGGAUGGGUAAAAUAACUCUACAUUGCUGCUAUACAUAUUGAGCACCUACCUAGGUACGUAAUAU